CCCAAAACCCCCCCAAACACUUAGUUUUUGGCGCUAGCACUGUUCACAGUGAAUCAAUGGAGGAAGAAGCUUCAGAGCAGCAGCUUAUUAGAGAAUCCAUGGAUGAAGAUGCUGUAGAGCUGUUGGAAACCCCAAUUGAAGCUGUAGAGGAGAAACCAUUGGAAGAACCUUACCCUUGGCCGGUUAUUCAGUAUGAUGUUCCGCCGUAUCUAACCUAUCAUUUCUUUAAUCAGUUCAGGACGCCUUCAAACCCUAACAAUUUUUUAAAGGGUGUCAAAUGGUCUCCUGAUGGUUCUGGCUUCCUCACUUGCUCUGAUGAUAAUACCUUUUGUUUAUAUAACUUGCCAUAUGAUGAAAGUGGACAGCUUGCUGAUUUUUCCUCAUCAGCUGCUGAUACAGAUUCGUAUGCUGCAAGUCUUGUCAUGAGUGACGGGGAGUCUGUAUAUGACUACUGCUGGUAUCCCUAUAUGUCUUCUUCAAGUCCAGAGACAUGUGUUUUUGCAAGUACUACCCGUGAUCACCCUAUUCAUCUCUGGGAUGCUACUACUGGACAGUUACGCUGUACAUACCGUGCUUAUGAUGCCAUGGAUGAGAUCACUGCUGCCUUUUCAAUUGCCUUCAAUCCCGCAGGGACUAAGAUAUUUGCUGGUUACAACAAAUCCAUAAGAAUAUUUGAUAUUCAUCGGCCUGGCAGAGACUUUACCCAGCACUCCACCCUUCAAGGAAAUAAAGAAGGGCAAUCAGGCAUUAUAUCCUCAAUGACUUUCUGUCCAAGCCAUUCAGGGUUACUGGCAACAGGCUCCUAUAGCCAAACUACUGCCAUACAUAGGGAAGAUAACAUGGAACUUCUCUAUGUCUUGCAUGGUCAAGAAGGUGGGGUUACACAUGUCCAAUUCUCAAAAGACGGAAACUACUUGUACACUGGUGGCCGGAAGGACCCUUACAUACUGUGCUGGGACAUUCGGAAGACUGCUGAAAUUGUUUACAAGAUGUACAGAUCAUCAGAAACUACCAAUCAGCGGAUAUAUUUUGAUAUUGAACCUCGAGGUCAGCAUCUCGGCUCUGGAGGACAGGAUGGCUCAGUUCACAUUUAUAAUCUUCAAACCGGACAGUGGGUAUCCAGCUUCCGAGCUGCAUCAGACACGGUUAAUGGCUUUUCAUUUCAUCCUUUCCUGCCGAUGGCUGCCUCUUCAUCAGGCCACCGGAGAUUUGGAGUUAUAGAGGACUCCCACGAGGAUAUGCUCCUAACAGGU